UGCUGAAUCUGCGAUUGGUUGGAAGCAACCGGAUACUUGGCAACGUGGCAGUGUGAAAUGUUCCUGAUUGGUUACUGGUAUAAAAACUAUAGGGAUUAUGGUAUAAUACAUGUAACUUGUAAAUACUGAUUCAAGAAUCUAUAAUCUCGAACAUGACGGAAUUAAGUUCAAAUGUAGAUUCGAAAUUAUCAAGCUCUGUAAUACAACAAUUACAGCGGAAACAUAUUUGUACUGUUAUGCAAUUUAUAGAUGAAGAUUCUGAAAAAUUAGUAACGUGUACAGGAUUUCCGCUUAAGGAUAUACUUGAAAUCAAGAGAAAUAUAUUACAAAAAUAUGGAGGUACAGUAAAAAGUGCCUUUGACUUGUUCAAAAUUGAACAAAAUAAUAUAAUUUCUACCAAUGUAUCAAGUUUAGAUAAUUUAUUAGAAGGUGGAUUAUAUCCUGGUCAAAUAUAUGAAGUAUGUGGUGUAUCCUCGAGUGGAAAAACCCAGUUAUGUUUAACAAUUGCAAGUAAUAUUGCACUUGAGCCUAAUAAUAUUGUAAGGUACAUUGAUACAAAGAGGGAUUUUUCUGGUUCAAGAAUAGAACAAAUAUUGUUAAAAAGGAAUUAUAAUAAACAGGUUAGGGAUGAAGUUAUGAACCGCAUCAGAGUAUGUUGCAUAUACAAAUUAAGUCAAUUGUUAAAAAUUUUACGGUUGUUAACAAUUGCUUUAAAAGAAGAAAAAGCAGAAUAUCGAACAAGGAUUAUAAUUAUUGAUUCAUUGCCAGGAAUAAUUUUCAAGUUUUCUAAGAGUAAUGAAACAACAAUUGCACUGAAUCGUGUAGCAAAUAUGUGCCAUUUUAUUGCUAAUGAAUUUCAUUUAUCGAUUAUUACUGUCAAUGUGAUUACUCAAUGGAAUUAUGAAGUAGGAUCAACCAGUACAGAUUCAGCUGGAAAUUGCAAUGAAGUGACUCCUGCAUUAGGAAAGUAUUGGUCGCACGUUCCUAAUACAAGACUGUUGAUAAAGAAAAUUGGAUUUGAAGAUAGAAAAAUUUCUGUAUGGAAAAGUUUUCAACUGGAACCAAAUCUAUCGUGCAUUCUAACUAUAAAUGAUAGUGGUAUUUUAUGAUCUUGAAUAUACCAUGUCUGGAAUGUAUUUGUAUUGUUAUCUAGAUGUUAAAGUACUUUUUUAUAUAUAAUAACUAAUUGUAAAAAUAUUUGUUUUUUGUUAGCAAGUAUUUUACAGAAUUCUAAAUAACUUUUCAAUUGUGCAAAGAUUAUACAAUUUU